CUCCUCCCUGCAUCCUGCCUUCUUCAAAUACAGAUAAGGUCUGGAAUCUAAAGAGUAUUUUCCUACACCCCCAGUUGAAUUUUGCUGGCAGUCAGAGCUCCACGUCAUCUAUUAAGAGAUCUAUGAGAAGAGCGUCCUGAUUUCAUAAUGGCUCCAGCAGUGGGAACGGAUUUGGGGUACACCCCCCCUGAUGGCGGCUGGGGAUGGAUGGUGGUUUUGGGGGCUUUCAUAUCCAUGGGAUUCUCCUACGCCUUCUCCAAAGCAAUAACUGUUUUCUACAAAGAAAUCCAGGAGUCUUUUGGAGCUUCUUCUAGUGAAAUCGCCUGGAUCUCCUCAUUACUGCUGGCUUGUAUGUAUGCAGGAGGUCCUGUCAGCAGUAUUCUGGUAAACAAAUAUGGCAGCAGACCAGUGGUUAUGUUUGGUGGUCUCCUCAGUGGAAUUGGCAUGAUUUUAGCAACUUUCUGCACCAGCAUUAUACAGCUGUAUAUAUGUGUGGGUGUAAUAGCAGGGUUUGGUUUCUCUAUGAACCUCCAGCCAUCGGUUAUUGUCGUAGGAAAAUACUUUUUGAAAAAACGCCCAAUUGCUAAUGGCCUGGCGAUGGCAGGAAGCCCCGUUAUCCUCUCAACACUUGCUCCUCUAAACCAGUUUUUGUUUGACAAGUACGGCUGGAGAGGGAGCUUCCUUAUUUUGGGGGCCCUACUACUUAACUGCUGCGUUGCAGGUGCCAUCUUCCGACCAGUUGGACCCAAGACGUCCAAAAAUAAAAAGGACAAAGACAAAUCCAUCCAAGACAAGGACCCAGAGAAAGUAAAGAUGAGUCUUAUGGAACCCGUCAAAGCGGAAUCAACUGAAACGAAAGAGAAGGAAAGUUGUAUAGCGAGGUUCAAUAAGGUCUUGGACUUGACUUUGUUCAAGCACAGAGGCUUCUUGAUCUACCUCAUAGGAAACGUGUUGAUGUUUAUUGGCUUUUAUGCCCCUAUAGUGUUUCUGGCUCCUUAUGGCAAGCACCUUGGUGUUGAUGAGUAUUCAGCGGCCUUCUUGUUGUCCAUACUUGCCAUAGUUGAUAUGAUCGCAAGACCGGCCACCGGAAUGAUUGCCAACACAAAAUGGAUCAGGCCAAGAAUCCAAUAUUUUUUCAGCUUUUCCGUGAUAUUUAAUGGUUUCUGCCACCUCAUGUGCCCUCUUGCCACAAGUUACAUUGGUCUUGUGCUAUACUCUGUGUUCUUCGGCUUAGGGUUUGGCAUGGUCUGUGCUUUGCUCUUUGAAACCCUUAUGGAUCUUGUCGGAGCGAAAAGAUUCACAAGUGCCGUUGGACUAGUCACCAUUGUGGAAUGUGUCCCCUUACUUCUCGGACCACCGAUUGGAGGUGCCAUUGUUGAUACCUUUGGAGAUUACAGUUACAUGUUUUUUGAAUGCGGGGCCAUUAUUGUCUUUGCCGGUCUCUUCCUUUUGGUUGGGAACUUUUAUAACUACCGUAUGUUAAGGAAAGAGGCCGAGUUGGAAAACCAGCAGAAGGACAUCGAAAUGAAGGACGGCGCUGGUCUGAAAAAACAUGACAAUGAUCAAGUGAGCAGCGACGAACAGGCGAAGAAUGGCAGCGAGGGCCCACCUAUCAAACACGAUUCUGAAAAAUGUGAAGAUGCAAAUGGAUCUAAGGGUUAGAAGCACUUAAGGACAAUAGUAAUUAUGUAAUAGGGGUGAUCUCCAUAUUGGACAUUUACAUGCUCUGUCUGCAGCACCACGGGUACUCACAGUGUGAACUGUGUCCCAUUAUGUGGUGUCAGGAAGGGGUCUAAAUCAAGGAAGAGGACACCAGACAGGACAGACACAAUGCAGACUUCAAGUGAAGGCAACACACGUCUGUAGUUCGUAAACCUAACUGUAUUAAGUACGUAUGGGGCUUAAAAAACUGAAGAUAUUCAUUGGGUGUUUCUAAAAUUCCUGUCAGUUAUCCCUCUAAAGAAAUGGAUUGCAAAUUUUUUUUAGUGAACACAAGAAGGUAUAUCAUGAAUGUAGCUUAAAGAGGACUUCUCCCCUCUCCGUCUGUUUUAGUAACCACUUGCAUUCCCCAUGUAAUAAGAAAUUCUGGAGCAUCUAUUCUUAUGACUCUGUGUUGUGCCUUUCCUUUAUUAUUCCUGAUAGAGGUUAGGCAUGAAUUACAAAUGGGUGUUACCAGAUGGGCAUGUGUCCCUGCACAGUCUGAUAUUAUCCAAUCAGUGCUUCCAGUGUCAGACUGUGCAGGGACACAUCCACAACAGGUACCACCCAGCUGGACUUUCAUUGCAAACCUCUAGAAAUUCAUUCAUAUCUUCUUGUAGAAAAAAUAGAUUAAUGGCACAACAUAGACUAAAAAGAAUAGAUGCACCAGACUUUUUAUGUCCCCCUGGACGUGGGGCAGUUCUGGUUAGUGCUGGUUGAGACUCCAUGUUGGAGCUGCCAGGAUUCUAACCUAUUCCUUGGCUGAAGAUCAGUCCGACUAAAAAGUGAAGUGCAGCAUAAAGAAGAAGCCAAGUGACCAAGUCAGCUUGUCAGUAC